UUUCCCACUCAAAACCGACAACCACCACCAUUUUUCUUCCAUUUCACAACAAAAUUAGCAACUAGUGGUCGAGAUCGGCCAAUUUAGGGUUGAAUUUGACCACUCAGGCCCUAACCUGGCCGAUUUCAACCACUAGUCGCCAAUUUUGUGGUGGCUAGGGUUUAUGGAGUUGCGAGCUGGGGUCUCAAUCGCCGCGUCUGGUGGUCUUUAGGGUUUUCCGGGGUUAGUUAAGGAGGGUGGGGGUGGCUGGGUGGACACUGGUAUGGCUUGGCAGCAGUGGGGGGUAGUGCCGGUGGUGGGAUGUAGGGGCUAUCGGUGGUGAGCUUCGUGGCUGGGCAUAGGGUUCCUUUUUUUUUUUUGGUUUUUUUUUUUAAAUUUUCUUUAUCAAUAUAUAAGUGACACGUGUAUUUGGUGGGGUCCACAAACGGUUUUUUUUACGGCAUCCUCUAUGCGGUGGUGGAAUCAAAAUUUUUAGGUUUUUGGAGGUGUUAUAAUCAAAACUUUUUUAUGUGGUGUUAUAAUUAAAAUCGUGGCUUUUUUGUGGUGUUAUUUUCUAAUUUUUUUCUUAAAAAUAUUAUUAAUUUAAGUUUGUAUUGAUAUAUGUGCUAAACAAAACGUUGCACUUGUUGUAAAAAAAACAUAUGCACAUGAGUAUUUGUUUGUUUGUUUGAUGUGGUUGAAGUAGAGAAGUGUACAAAACUAAAUAUAAACCACCAAAAAUCGAACCCACAUACUCAAAUGAUAGGGAUGUAGGGGUUAAGGUAGCUCACAUCCAAAAACAAGUCAAGCAUAAAACAAUCACCAACUUUAUAAUUGUUCUUUCUUUCCAUUUAUAUUCCCAAAUCACAAAUCUCUCCUACUCUUACUCUUCUUGUUUCCUCUCUUUUUUCUACCUCCUUCUCUCUGUUUUACUCUGCUUUUGUUUUGGAUUCCCAUAAAUAGUAAGUUUCUCAUAAGAAGAAUCACAGCCAAAAAAAAAUGGGGCUCUUAGACCAUGUCUUAGACUUUUGUGACGAUGUUACCUUCCCGAAGCGUAAGAAACGUAAACCAAUGCAUACAGUUGAGAUCAAGGUGAAAAUGGACUGUGAUGGUUGUGAAAGAAGAGUCAGAAACGCUGUCACCAAUAUCAAAGGUGUGAAAUCAGUAGAUGUGAACCGUAAGCAGAGCAAAGUAACUGUAACCGGAAACGUGGAGCCAAAGAGGGUACUUAAAAUGGUGAAGAGCACAGGAAAAAGAGCGGAGUUUUGGCCAUAUGUACCAUAUAAUUUGGUAUCGUACCCUUAUGCUCCUCAAGCUUAUGAUAAGAAAGCACCUACUGGUUAUGUUAAGAAUGCACCUCAAGCAUUCGCUACCCCUGGUGAUCUUGACGAUAGAUACACUUGGAUGUUUAGUGAUGAAAAUCCUAAUGCUUGUUCAAUUAUGUAAUUAAUUAAUUAAUUAUAAAUUCGUCAUCGAAUUAUAAUUGUAAGAUUUUGGUAUUAGCUAGCUUAGAUCUGCAUAUAUAUAAUCAUGGUAUACAUAGCAUGCAUGUUCCGUAAGAGUGCGAGGUAAGAUCUAUGCAAUGUUUAAGUAAGUGUAUGAGAAAUGUAUUUAGAUAGUGUUAUUUAAAGUUUAUGUAUUUAGGACAACAUUUUUUUUUUCUUUUUUUCAUUUUUUACAGUUAUAAUUAUAUGACUUUGUAUAAAUCUCA